GUCAGUUAUUUUGCCCAACAAAGCAAAACGCGUUGUAGUUUAGUAGAUGAAUCAAAAUACUGAGUCAGUACUUUGAUAGUAGAAUUUGAAUUCCUCAAGAAAGAAAAAAAAAGGAGAGAAGAAAAAGAAAAGCAAUUACGAAACAGCCAGAAAGAAAGUGACAGAGAAAACUGUUUCUUAUACAAAAGAAAGAAUGGAAAAUUAUGAACAAUAAGAAAUGUAGUUUCAUACGCCAGCACCAUUAACCUAACGGUCCUCCGCGUUGAAUUCUUCCGUUUUCAAUUCAAUUCAAUUCAGUUCAAUUCGCAUCUUUCUUUCUUUCUUUUCUUUUCUUUUCUUUUUUUUAUUCGAUUCUCUCCCUCUUCCUCUCUAUCUAACCUUCAAUUUCCCCUUCAGAUUUUUCCAUAAAUCACAUUCUUUGAUGGCUGUGAUUUUGUUUUGUGAUCGGAUGUGAUAAUGUUCAGAUUGAGAGUUAUGAUUUGUUGAUUUUUGUUUUGGAAGAAUCGAGGAUUUUUGUUUUAGGUCAGUGAAUGUGAAAAUGAGCUCGCAGAGACAGGUGACUGUACGCGACCUAGUUGAGGAAGCCAAGAAAAGGAUUGUCGUGUUGAUUAUUUGCGUCAUUGGAUUGUCGUAUCUCAUGUCAUUGACAAGCUCCUCAGUCUGGGUCAACUUGCCUGCUGCUGCCUCUUUAAUACUUCUCCUCCGGUAUUUCUCCCUAGAUUAUGAAAUGCGGAGGAAAGCAGCCACAUACAACAGCAAACCUUCCUCAGCAAAUCCGGUGUCUCAAAACAACAAUCCUGAACAUACUAGAGUUCGUGAAAAGUCUGACUGGAGGAAAAAAGUGAAUUCCCCUGUUGUCGAGGAUGCAAUUGAUCACUUCGCUAGACAUUUAAUUUCUGAAUGGGUAACAGAUCUAUGGUACUCUCGUUUGACACCUGAUAGAGAAGGUCCUGAGGAACUGAUACAAAUAGUGAAUGGUGUUUUUGGGGAAUUUUCAAGUCGCAUGAGAAAUAUCAAUCUUAUUGAUCUUUUAACAAGGGAUCUUAUUCAUCUUAUCUGCACCCACUUGGAGCUUUUUCGAUCUAGUCAAGCAAAGAUUGAAACACAUCCAUCUGCAUUGCUGUCAUUUGAACAGCGAGACAAGGAACUGCGACUGGUCUUGGCUGCUGAGAAUAGAUUGCAUCCUGCUUUAUUUUGUGCUGAAGCAGAGCACAAGGUUUUGCAGCAUGUGAUGGAUGGUCUCAUUUCUUUUACAUUCAAGCCAGAAGAUCUGCAGUGCUCUUUCUUCCGUUUUAUAGUGAGGGAACUUCUUGCUUGUGCAGUAAUGCGACCUGUCUUAAACUUAGCCAGUCCUAGGUUUAUAAAUGAAAGGAUUGAAAUUUUGGUCCUUUCUAAGGCUAAUAAAGGAGUUCCUGCAGCACAAGAGGCAUCACAAUCUAAAUCCAAUGGGUCUUCAAAGAUCUCAUCUGAUCAAUUUUCUAGAAUUUUAGAUCCUACUGCUGUUGGUGUUGAACUUGUGCAAUUAAAAACCAUUCAAUCAAAAAGAGGAUCUGUUUCGCCUGAAACAGAUAAUGUAAACGGAACCCAUGGCUCAAAAGAUCCAUUACUUUCCAUUGACACUCGAUCUUCCCGUUCAUGGAGCUCAUUGCCAUUGAACCCCCCAAGUACGGAUACAGGAGGGAUUCAAAGGUAUGCAUCGGGAGGAGAAUGGGGUGAUAUGUUGGACAUGCUUUCUCAGAGAAAGACUGCAGCCCUUGCCCCAGAAAAUUUUGAGAAUAUGUGGGCAAAAGGAAGAAACUACAGAAACAAAGAUUCCCAAAACCGGUCAACUGAGCAUUUCUCACAGAAUUUGUCUGGGAAUAAAAUUGUUACUGCAGAUCAAUCAAAGAUGGCAAAAGCCAAGGAAAAGCAUGCCCUAAACGCAUCUGAUGCCUCUCUUUCACAAAAUGGUCAAACUCUACACCCUGCCCAAGCUAAAGUACAGAACUCAUGCCAUCAAACAGAUCCAAACUUGUCCAAUCAUUCUUUACAGACUCCAUAUGACGAAGAUGAUGUGGAAGGUCUCAUGCAUGUGGAUGAGUCAGAAUCUGGCAGUGGUAGUCUUUAUACUUCUGAAGAGGAAGAUCCGAGCAGGGUCACAGGUCUUGAUGAUCCUGGAACUAAAGUUUGGGAUCGCAAAACAAAUAGAAAUCUGGCAGUUUCCCCCAUUCAUCAUCCGCUUGAAAAUCCUCAACGCCAUGGUACAAAGAAGACUGAAAGAGGGCAAGCGCAUUAUGAAAAGAUACCUAGGCCACAGUCUGGCAGGAAAAGGUCAAGAUCAAGCUCUCAAAAGGUGCCUGUUUGGCAAGAGAUUGAGAGGACUAGCUUCUUGUCUGGAGAUGGGCAGGAUAUACUUAGCUCCAAAGGGCAUGCUAAAGCUGAUGAUUCUAGCGAUGAUUCUGAGGUUGAAGGUCUGGGUAGGGUUUAUAGUGGAGCAACUGCAUGUUCAUCUGCACUCUCUGUUUCACUUCCCGAAAAUGAUAGUUCCACUCUGAACUCUGUGAAAAGCUCAUUGAUGGCAGAUUCAUUUUUUAAGUUGAGAUGUGAGGUACUGGGUGCAAAUAUUGUGAAGAGUGCCUCUAGAAUGUUUGCUGUUUAUUCAAUUUCUGUUACGGAUGUAAAUAAUAAUAGUUGGUCAAUUAAAAGAAGGUUUCGACAUUUUGAGGAGUUGCACCGGCGUCUCAAAGAGUAUUCAGAGUAUAAUCUUCAUUUGCCACCCAAGCAUUUUCUAUCAACAGGUUUAGACAUGCCUAUCAUUCAAGAACGGUGUAAAUUACUUGACAGAUAUCUAAAGAAGCUCCUGCAACUUCCUACAAUUUCAGGAUCUAUUGAAGUUUGGGACUUUCUUAGUGUUGAUUCUCAGACAUAUAUCUUCUCAAAUUCCUUUUCUAUCAUUGAAACAUUGUCAGUUGACCUUGAUGACAAGCCACCUGAAAGGAGCACAAAGGGUUCAAAUUUUGUUGGACCUGUCAAUUCCUUAUCCACUAAUAGGGAACAGUUAGGCACAGAAUGCAAGGAAUCUGCUUCGCAGACAAAACAUAAUUUUGUUGCAGAUGGGGUAAAAAUGAGUCCAAAACAUAUAUCUUGUUCUCCAGUUAAAAAGCUUGGUAAAGAGUCUGGAAAGCCAUUUGAGGAUUCAGUCAGCAAUUCAGAUGCUAAGAAGAAUGCAUCAUCUGUGAGAAAUUUAGGGAAGACUGUAAAAGGAAGACAAAUUGAUGGGUCAGAAUCAAAACCAGAGUCAAUUCGUGAUGCUUCCCCUGAUCCUACUCUUCCUACUGAGUGGGUGCCACCAAAUUUAGCUGCCCCUAUAUUAGAUUUGGUAGAUGUCAUUUUCCAGCUCCAAGAUGGUGGAUGGAUCAGGAGGCAAGCUUUUUGGGUGGCCAAACAGAUUCUACAACUAGGAAUGGGUGAUGCCUUAGAUGAUUGGUUGAUAGAGAAAAUUCAGCUUCUGCGCACAGGAUCAGUGGUGGCUUCAGGGAUCAAGCGGGUUGAGCAGAUUCUUUGGCCUGAUGGGAUAUUUAUUACCAAACAUCCAAAGAGACGACAACCAUCCACCACCAACACGCCCUAUAGCUCGCCUCAUGGCCAGCAACCCCCGAAUAUAUCUUCACCUAAACUGAGUUCACCACUUGUCCGGCAACCUUCAGAAAUAUCUUCACCUAGAUUGAGUGAUGAGCAGCUACAACAGGAAGCUGAUCGCCGUGCUAAAUUUGUAUAUGAGCUGAUGAUAAAUAAUGCACCAUCUACAAUAGUAGGUCUUGUUGGUCGAAAGGAGUACGAGCAAUGUGCGAAAGAUCUCUAUUUCUUUCUGCAGUCAUCCGUUUGUUUGAAGCAACUUGCUUUUGACCUGCUCGAGCUACUGCUUUUGUCUGCAUUUCCAGAACUAGAUUAUGUCUUCAGGCAGUUGCAUGAAGAAAAACAUAGAUUUGGUGAAUUAAAGACAACCUAGUAAUUGGAGUAUAAGUUCAAAUAUAUAGGAAUAGAACAAAUCAUCACCCGGCAUUUUUUCUCAGGUAUACUAAAAGGUUUCUUUUGAGUGUUUCUUUUCUUUUUCUUCUUUCUCUUUGGACACUGGAACAAUCGAUCGGUUGAUUGUGUCAGAACAUAACUUGAUAACACAGGUUUUGCUUCUGAUUUGGAAUUUUGACGACAUUGUAUGUAAAUCCUGAGUUUGGUGAAAAAAGGUUUAAUGAAAAGCCCCUUUUACCUUCUCCUAA